AUGUUGCUGACCGAUUGUAAGCAUCACUUUAAUACGGACAACCUUUAUGACAUCCUUUGUGUGGAGCGGACGGCUACAGCAUCAGAACUCAAGAAGGGCUAUUACAAGCAGUCCAUGAAGUGGCACCCAGAUAAGGCUGGAGUUGACGAGGAUUCGAGAAUGGUAGCUACUGCGAAGUUCCAGAUACUUACGAAGGCCUAUGAGAUACUCUCCGAUAAAGAAAGGAGAGGUACCAUCGACGAAGAAAACCUAAGCAUCGUAGACAGUAUAAAUGCCUGGCGACGGCUGUUUAAAAAAGUGACUUUAGAAGAUGUCGAGAAAUUCUGUGCUCAGUACAAAGGAUCUGAGGAGGAAGAGAAGGAUGUUAUCGCAGCCUACAAUUCGUGGAAAGGUGAUAUGUCAAAAAUUAUGCAACAUGUCUGUGUGGUGGCAUUCGAUGAGGAAGAUAGGAUUAAGGAAGGUGGUGGUUCUCUUGAGCAAAUCAUUCAUCAGCGUCAAUUAGUUCGUUCUUCGGAUACGGACGCGUACCUGGACUCUUUGGCGUCAAAGUACUGCACAAAGAAAAAACGCGCAAAGAAAUAA